UCAACCGCCUGGGUAGGAUUAGCUGUCCUGCUCUCUCUUUCAUUAGUUGCUGAGCUCUGGCCAACAAAGAUAGUAAGGACUGGUACAGACCUGGAGCCCUGGUAGUACAGUGGUUAAGAGAUGGGUUGCUAAUCAAAAGGCUGGCAGUUUGAGUUCACCACCGCUCCUUGGCACCCUGUGGGGGAGUUCUGCUCUGCGCUAUAAGGUUGCUAUGAGUUGGAAUCGACUCGACAGUGACAUGCUUUUUUUUUUUUUUUGGUACAGACCUGGAGGUCAAAGUUUAACAGAAAGAGCUUUCACAGCAGCACACACACAGCUGGUCUUCUGUUCUUUCUUUCCAGUGGUCAUUGAAUUAAAUGUCUCUGUGGGAAAAAGCUGUGGUUCAGGUUCUCAGAGUUUUAGUCAGCUUCUCUCUUACUUUUCCAGACUGCGAAUAUACUUUAAGGCUAUUAAAAACAUUUACAGUGAUGAAAAAAGAAGAAAAAAGGGCAGGGACUCAAUGAUCCCACCCCAACUUCCCUUUGUCCAGUGACAACUGCCUAAUCACUUUAAUGUGCUGUCUUGUUUCCCCUAGCAGUGGCAAAACAAUCUUUGUAGGGGAAAAAUAAAUAAACCACUACCUUGCAUUUUUGACUGGGGAAUACAGCUACCUCGAGUGAGCCUGUUUCUCCAGGGUGAUUUUGGCAAUUGCUUUAAGUUUGGCUCCCUGGUGAGGGCGUUGUUCUAUCUUGGAUGUGGGUGAAGGGAAGGACAGAGAGGUCGGGAAUCCCAUUUAGAUCACAGCCAAAAACAAACCAGGAAGUAAGGCGAAAUUAUUGCCAUCUGUACAUAGCUCAGGAUGUUAAAAGCAAUAGCCUGGGCUGGUUGGUUAUUCAUUAGCAAAAAGGAAAGAGCAGUGGGGGUCAAGACUGGUCAAACUACAGGAACAGGCUUGAAGCAGGGAGACAGCCCCUGGCAAAGGCAAGGCGUGGAGAUUUUACCUGGACUCACUGUCUUUCCCUUCUUCACUUUUCCUUGGGACAAAGGCAAGAUGACUCUUUCCUGUUCUCAGACAUUUGUCAAGAUAAAGCCUUCUUAAUUUUAUUUUGUUUUUGUUGUGGCAUUCUUAGGCAGACAAGAAGAAAAGACACCUACCUUCCCACGGAGCAGCUGCCUUGCUCCUCCUCGCUUUGGCUCUGGGGCAGCAGCUACCACCUCAGGAAGAAAGCAAGGUUCACUGCAGCCAGACCUGCCAGAUUGUUUUGAAACAGGGUUUUUGCACACUCUCCAAAGCAUGGUGAGUUGGUGCUGAUUUCCAAGUCACCUGGUGGAGGGCAAGAAAGUGGAUCUGCAGAGACAAAGAGGAGAGGGAGAAGCCUCUCUCUCUUCCUCCCCACCAGGUAGAGCACCAUGGGCAACGUCUGUCUGAGGCUCUGGGCAUACUUGCAGCCCUGUCUGCCCUGCUUAUUCCAGGAGGUAGUCAAGCCGGUGGUGAUUGAGAAUCCAGGAGCCCGUUGCUCCCCUGAUGCUCCCCGGCCACAGAAGAACGAGCCUCAGAGAAGCCAUGGCCACUACUUUGUGGCUCUGUUUGAUUACCAGGCUCGGACAGCAGAGGACCUGAGCUUCCACGCAGGGGACAAGCUCCAAAUCCUGGACAGUUCCCACGAGGGUUGGUGGUUUGCCAGACACUUGGAGAAAAGGGGAGACGGCUCUGGCCAGCAACUCCAGGGCUAUAUUCCUUCUAACUAUGUCGCUGAGGACAGAAGCAUAGAGGCAGAGCCGUGGUUCUUCGGAGCAAUCAAAAGAGCAGAUGCUGAAAAACAACUAUUAUAUUCAGAAAACCAGACGGGUGCCUUUCUUAUCAGAGAAAGUGAAAGCCAGAAAGGAGAUUUCUCCCUUUCAGUUUUAGAUGAUGGCGUUGUAAAACACUACAGAAUCAGAAGACUGGAUGAAGGAGGGUUUUUCCUUAGCCGCAGAGUAACCUUUUCAACAUUGAAUGAAUUUGUGAACCACUAUACCAAGAGUAGUGACGGCCUGUGUGUCAAGCUGGGAAAACCAUGCUUAAAGAUACAAGUCCCGACUCCUUUUGAUUUAUCAUAUAAAACUGUGGACCAAUGGGAGAUAGACCGCAACUCCAUACAGCUUCUGAAGCGACUAGGAUCCGGUCAGUUUGGUGAAGUGUGGGAAGGUCUAUGGAACAAUACCACGCCAGUAGCAGUGAAAACAUUAAAACCAGGUUCAAUGGAUCCAGGUGACUUCCUGAGGGAGGCACAGAUAAUGAAGAACUUAAGACAUCCAAAGCUUAUCCAGCUUUAUGCUGUUUGCACUUUAGAAGAUCCAAUUUAUAUUAUUACAGAGUUGAUGAGACAUGGAAGUCUGCAAGAAUAUCUCCAAAAUGAUGCUGGAUCAAAAAUUCAUUUGACUCAACAGGUAGACAUGGCCGCACAAGUUGCCUCCGGAAUGGCCUAUCUGGAGUCCCAGAACUACAUCCACAGAGAUCUGGCUGCCAGAAAUGUUCUUGUUGGUGAACAUAAUAUUUACAAAGUGGCAGAUUUUGGACUUGCAAGAGUUUUUAAGGUGGAUAAUGAAGACAUCUAUGAAUCUAAACACGAUAUAAAGCUACCGGUGAAGUGGACUGCACCUGAAGCCAUUCGCUCUAAUAAAUUCAGCAUUAAGUCUGAUGUGUGGUCAUUUGGAAUCCUACUUUAUGAAAUUAUUACUUACGGCAAAAUGCCUUAUAGUGGUAUGACAGGUGCUCAGGUAAUCCAGAUGUUGGGUCAAAACUAUAGACUCCCUCAACCACCUAACUGUCCACUGCAGUUCUACAACAUCAUGAUGGAAUGCUGGAACGCAGAGCCUAAGGAGCGGCCGACAUUUGAGACGCUGCAUUGCAAACUUGAGGACUAUUUUGAAACAGACUGCUCAUAUUCAAAUACAGAUAACUUCGUAAGAUGAACGCCCCAGAAAGGAUAGCAAAUAAUGAAGUAAAAAUAAAAUAAUCAGUCCAAAAAAACACAAUCUCAUCAAAUAACUGUAAAAUCAGUUUAUCUUGGCAUAUUCAAGUGAGACUUUGGCCAGGUAUUAUAAAAAAAUUAUGUGAACAUUUUAUUGACUGGGCAGUGCUGCAGGAUAGUUGACAAUGUAUCAUUUUCUCACUGCCUGGCAAAUCAAGCUAACCAAAGUUAUUUUUCUUUUAAUUUAAAAGAUACUUGCAUUUCUAUUUAUUGUUUGAAAUGCUGAUCAAGGGAAUCAACAGAUAAUAGUCAGUUUUUACUCAGUUACUGUUGUAGCAUUAUCCUUUUUACUGAUUAGAGUGGUUAUUCAUUACUCCUCCAAUUGCUGGAUUCCAGCAGGCUGUUAUUAUGAAGGAAUUUGAUUGCUUUGCUGCACAGCAGGACCUGUGCUUUGAUGUUUUUUUCUUUUUUUUCUCUCUUUUAGAAUAUCCUGUGACUACAAUAAUUGUAAAACCACGUUAAAUGACUUGAUUGUACUUGGAGCAAUUGCACAUGUUUUUUUUUCCUAAGCAUACAGAAAUGAAGCAGCUGUUGAGAAUAAAUAAAUAAAAUUUCUCUCAUUUAGUAAAAGGAAAUGAUGGAAUUUUUCUAUACUGCAGUAUGUGUCAUCUGAGAAUAAUCUACAUUAGUUUUAAUCUCUUAAUAUUAAGAAUCAGAUUGUAAAACUGAUGAGUUA